UUUUACGUUCGUGGUCUUAUGUACUGUAACACGUUCCAGUUUUCGUCCAAACAGAAACGUCAACAUUUGUAUUUCGUUACGUAAAUGGCUAAUUACAACACUCAUAUUUAACCAAAAUAUUUCCUACAUUCGAUACAGAUUUAUAUUCGCAAAAUAAUGGCAAACAAGGACAGAAACAAAACGAUUUUGCUGGAAUUGGGGAAACUGCCAGAAAACAACCAAUGCGCAGACUGUAGCGCGCCGGAUCCUGACUGGGCGUCCUAUAAGCUGGGUGUAUUUGUGUGUCUGAACUGCUCUGGAGUGCACCGCAACCUGUCCAACAUCAGCCGCGUUAAAUCCAUACGGCUCGACUUCUGGGAUGACGAGCUAGUGAAGUUCAUGAAAACCAAUGGAAAUGCCACAGGCAGAGCCAUCUAUGAGAAAGCAGUCCCAGCAUUCUACUACCGGCCCCAGCAAGAAGACUGUGCCGUCUUAAGGGAGCAGUGGAUAAGAGCAAAAUAUGAGAGGAUGGAAUUUACCGGCGAGACAAAGUAUCCCCCACUGGCCUACACGACAGGUUUCUAUGAAGGGAUGCUGUGGAAGAAGGGGAAGGAGAAGGGACAGUUUCAGAGAAGGAAGUUUGUUCUGUCUGAGAAGGAAUUCACCCUGGCUUACUACAACAAGGAGGAUCCGUCCAAAGGGCCCAAAGCGCUCAUCUCCAUCAAAGACGUGAAUGUGACCUUUCAACCUGAGAAAAUUGGUCACGCCCAUGGUCUGCAGAUUACCUACCAGAAAGACAGCCACACCAGAAGUAUUUUUGUCUACCACGAAAGUGGAGAGGAGAUUGUCAACUGGUUUAAUGCCAUUCGAGCUGCUCGCUUUGCCUACCUGAAAACAGCAUACCCCACAGGAAGUGAUAAAGAAUUGAGGACUAGAAUUACCAGAAACUACCUCAAAGAAGGAUACAUGGAGAAGACAGGUCCUAUGCAAAAGGAGACGUUCAAAAAGAGAUGGUUCAUCUUGGACUCCCAAGACAGGAAGCUCCUUUACUUCAAAAGACAGCUGGAUGCUGAGGAGCUGGGAGUUGUGUUCAUCGGCACAGAGACCAAUGGUUACUCAGUGAGUGAGUGCAUUCCCAAAAGGACCAGAGGCAACCGGUGGAGGUGUGGAGUCACAGUGGACACGCCGGACCGCCAGUUUGUCUUCAUGUGUGAGCAGGAGAGGGAGCAGAGAGAGUGGGUGGAGGCCCUCAGAGAGGUCAUCUCUAAACCCAUGCAGCCCCAGGACUACACCAGUAAGAGCCAUGUCACCAGUAUUCACACCACAGGAGACUCCUGAGGGGAGGACGGCUCAUAAUAAUGGGCAGAACGGAGUGGAUGGAAUGGCAUCAAACACAUGGAAACCACGUGUUUGAUGUAUUUGAUACCAU